ACCACUGACUAAAAUUGAAGAACAGAAAAAGAAAACUGACCAACAAAAAUUCAGUCUUCUUCUCAGCGGAUUUCAAUGUCUGUCGUUUUAAAAAAGGUGCUACAGCGAUUAAGCACAGGCGAGAGCUGGUACAAGAAUUUCCGGUAUAAAGAAAAAGUAGACAAGCCUGGCGAUGUUCGAAACAUUAUGUUAAUAGUAGCAACCCUCAUAGCUUCCGUUACCUUCCAAGCCGGUGUCAACCCUCCUGGCGGAGUAUGGCAAGAUGGAGUUCGUGCAGGCAGAGCCAUUUAUGCAUCCCAGCCUGGAGACUACUGUGUUUUCUUGAUCGCCAACACCCUUUCUCUCUCUGCCUCCAUGUUUGUCAUCACCUCUCUCACCCACGGCUUCCCUUUCCAACUCGAAAUUGUUAUUGCCACCAUUUCCAUGAUCUUCACUUACGGUUCCGCUAUUUUCGCUGUUACUCCCAGCGAAUCGGUGAGGUUCCGCUACGUCAUUCUCGCCGCUGCCGUGCCUAUUCUUCUUCGGUGUUUGAUUCAUUUCUUCAAUGUCAUCUUUAAUAAUAAGAAAUCUGAACCACAGACUACUGAAGCAUGAGAAAGUAUCUUGUAUUUCAGUUUCACUGUGGUGUGCUUCCUCUACUUGUAGUCUAUGUAGUUUUAAGCUAAGCAACAAACAUGUUGCAUCUUGUUACAGCACCCAACAAAAAACAUAAUCUUAACAUUGGGUUGCUUAGCCGUGUUAGUAGUUUAUAAUGUUGGUAAGUAAUAAUAUUUUAUUAAAUUAUAAUUAGUAGUUUAUAAUAUUGUUGAAACAUAACUUAUUUUGUAAAAUAAUAUUAUUAUAUUAGAGAAAAAAUCGUAUGAAA